CGCGCCGCAUAAGAUUCACGAAAGCUUCCUCCUCAAUGAUGGCGUCUAGGCUUCUUGCUUGGACGAGCCCUUGCCUGAGGCCCUGUCAAUUGCGGUGCACCAUCUCAAUCCCCUUUGCCCAAAGACGGGCAGUCCAUGUCGAAGAUGCAGGCGAACAAGCAGCCCCGACAGAGCGAGCUGUCCAUGUCGAAGAUGCAGGCGAAGAAACAGCCCCGAAAGACCGAGAAGAUUUAGAUCAGAGUCUAAGACCGUGGACGGAGGACUGGAAGAAGAAGAAGGAUGCUGAGCGGAAGGUGCAGGUAGUGAUAAAAGAGCUGGGCAGGAACCUAAGGAAGGCAAAGAGAGAGCAGAAGAGGAUGGAUAAGGAGGCAGAGGAUAAGGAGAGGAUAAGGAUAAGGGGGUCUUGUUAUGAGCCAAGCAAAGAGGUCCAUGUUUUUAGCAAGGAACCUCCUGAAGGGUACAUUUACAUACCCAAAAUAAACAAUGGCUAUUUCCAGGUGCGACGCCUUUACAGGUCCACUAUGUUCGCAGGGAAAACGCCCUAUGCUGUUCACAGGCCGCUGGAUCAUGACGGGAUUGCCCCCCCUAUCGGUUUUCAUCUUCCCAUCGAUAUCAUCCGGGAAAUACAACUCAAGAGCUUAGAUCAUCGUCGUGACGAGUACACGAAAAGCCUCAAAAACUUAUAUGAGUUGGUUCCAUUGGAGGACGAGACAAACGUACUCGAUAGGGCCGUUGCAAAUGAUCUCAUACGAAAAAGGGGAACGGACCAUUGGUUGCGCUCGAUCGUCCAUCACUACUUACAGGAUAAGUUUAGAUCGCAAGGAACCGGAGAGGAAGUGGACAAGAUUAUCUUGGAUGUAAAGAAUUCAUGGAAGUCUGAGAAGAAGAGGAAUAAGAGUAAGAAGAAGGAGGAAGACGACAAGGAAGACGAGAUUGAUGAUGACAGCUCUCGUACUUGAGCGGUCCACGGAUCUGGGCUGGCUUCAUUGAAAUAGAGGCACCACGCGCUUCUGCAGAGGACGAGUUGAUCGGGCAGUUUCGCUUUAUGGAAAUGAUCUAGAUGGUCACGAGUUUGUACAUGUCUAGCGUUUGGAACUGAAAGGCGUCCAAAUUGAUAAAAGGUUCUUAAUAACUGCUGGACAGUGGAUACGUCUGUUGUACUUUUGCGGUCCGAAGUUGCAGAGAAGCAG